UCACAGUCACACAUCCUUCCAAUCGAAAAGUCACAGUGUCGGCAACUAACUGUCAACUUCGAGUGCUUUCUCUUGCAGUCAUGCAUGUCUGUCUCCUACCCACAGAAAUUUUACUCCACAUAUUCACAAUCGGCAAUGAUGGGAGAUUCAGAGAUUUUUCAGCUCAACUUGCUGUUCUUGCAAGGACCUGUAGGAAAUUCAAGGAGCCUGCCCUUGAUGUUCUUUGGAAACACUUAAAUGGGUUCAAGCCACUCAUCUCAUGCCUACCUGAAGGCGUCAGUAACAGAGACAGAAGAGGAAACUUGACGCUCCGAAGGCCACUCCUAGCUGGAGAAUGGAGGUUGAUCCAUCAAUAUGCACGACGUGUCCACUCCUUUACGGUCAGCGGCUCUGAGCUAGACAUCAUAGACAAUCAUGUCAUGCAAGCGCUCAUGUCUGCUCCAUCACCCACAUCCAUCUUUCCAAACCUUCGUAGUUUGCGUUGGUGUGACGACCGGGAACACUUCUUUCCGCUCUUACGCACCCUCCUUGGGUCAACUAUUACAUCAGUCCGGGUUGGCUUUCUAUCAAAUUCCUCGUUUGCCCAAUCUGCGUUGUUAACUUCCCUCGGAGGUCGAUGUCCAUCCAUUCGGGAACUCAACUGUGUAUGUACUGGUGGUUCUCCAGAAAGUUCAGAUGCAAUUUGUGAAUCUCUAUCUGGCUUGCGGGAGCUUUCCCGUCUUGACACAGGGACUCUCAGUCCACAAGAGUUCCUUCGCUUAGCUUCUUUACCAGCCCUCAAGUCUCUGUGCUUCAGGUUAGGGGCAUACGAUGCCCACGAAAUGCAAUGCAACUCCACUCCAACAGUUUCCCCUAAACUCGAGGAAGUGGACUUCACCGUAUUGUCAAUGUCCGAAGUUGAACACUUUCUCAGAGGCGUCCGUCUUCCCUCCUGUCGAUCAGCGAGGAUGUACAUCCAUUAUGAUUAUCGUGAUUUAAACUAUGCACUCGUCCCGUAUGACCCACUACAUAUCCCCGACUUCAUCGUCUCCCUCUCGGAGUGCCUCUCUCCUGCUCUUGAGAAACUUCACGUCAAGUUCGAGUUCAACUUCACUGAUGUCAGAGAAGCCAUCUUCGCCAGUCACAGCUAUGUGCUUGGCUUUAACGCGGUUGCCCCGUUGCUGCCGUUCAAUCGCUUGAUAGAUUUACGGCUCGAUUGGCUAUGUACUUCGGCCAUCGACGACGCCUCGUUCAAGACACUCGCGCAAUCAUGGCCUCAGCUCGAGCAGUUCUACUUUGGAGGUGCAGCUUGUUGGCUAAUCCCGCCGUCUAUGACAUUCACAGCACUCUUCCAUCUCAUCCAACAUUGCCCGCGCUUACAUACCAUUCAAAUGUCCUUUUGCGCAACUCCGGUCGACUACGAUAACGAUCCGUUCUUUUUUGAAACCAUUCCCAAUGAGGAGAUCACUACACUUUCUGUGGGGAUGUCUCCGAUCAGCGAUCCCUGCGCUGUGGUCUAUAUACUCCUCAGAUUGCUGCCCAAGUUGGAAUAUGUUUAUUUCCUUGGCUGGCUUGAUGAUGAUACACAUGCGCUACCGCCAUUUGAAGAUCUUGAGGAUGGAUGGACUGCUGUGAAUGAGAUCCUAGCGGAUAAUGACCACCACAAAUUGGAAUGACGGACUCUGGACAUAUUGUGGAUAUAUGCUUCGAAGUAUAUAUCCGGGGCGGGCGCGUCCAACGGAUCUGAGUGGCGGGAGGUUACAGCGUGUCCUUACAAUUUAUAGAUAUUAGCUGGCGUUGAUUGUAAGCAAUAUAUUAGGC